UAGAGAGAAGCACGUGAAUUUGCUCUACUACUUAGAGCCACGUUAACGGGGCAUUCGUGUCUUCACAGAAAAAAAUACAACUUACGGUGUGUGUACAAAUCUUGUGUGUGGAAAAAGAGAGGAGAAACAUGCACGCCUUAGUGAACGCCUUCAUGCGCUGCCUCUCCUUCCUCUUGCCUCCCUCUUGGCUUUGUGUCAGCUUUUGCUUGUGGGUUGGGAGCGAGUGCGAAGAGACGCUGCCGCGGCCCAAUCCCAGAGCUCGUUUCAAAAGCAGAAAGCCUCUUACAUAUGAGGAAGUAGCAGCAGUAGCAGCAGCAGCAGCAGUAGAAGCCCAAGGAGGCUCCAGCCCGUCGGUCUCACCAGGUCCAGGCUGUGUCUCGCUGGCUGCUACAAGCCCCGCUGCUCCUCAGGGCCCUCCGUCGGGUCGGAUUUGGAUCGGGGGUCUCUGGCGAGCCGUGGAGCGCGUCUUCGGAGCCCCCUGGGUCCCUCUCCGCCAUCACUGGUGCCCUAAGAAACGUCGAACAGCUUUACGCACCCCGUAUCCUGUCUGUGCUUGCGAGUCGAGCAAGAUUAAAAGCUUCCAGGGAGGCGCUGCUGCUGCCACUACAACCGAGGCAGUGAAGGGAGCUGCUGACGGCACCUUAACUUAUUCGAGGAAUAUGAGUGGGUCUUUGGAGAUACCCAAUCCGAACCCUGGGGAAUGCGCCUCAGAUGCGUCGGCGGAGCAGGGCUUCGAUGAGGUAAUCACCGUGGAUCAGCACACGCAGGAGAUGGGGACUGUGACGAUAACAGUGGCCAUUCAGGCGGCGGAGGACGAGGAGCCCGAAGAAGUGUCAUCAAAUAAUAUUGACUUUCUUGGCGGCAGUUGUAGUGAGGACGAAAUAGGAAGACAUGAUAAAUCAAGUGGUGCUGGGACCAGUGGAGGGGAGUUGGAGGAGGAGAGCUGGAAGCCCCCAGAUCCAGAGCUCAUCCAGAAGUUGGUUACUCAGAUCGAGUAUUACCUAUCCGAUGAAAACCUGGAGCACGAUGCCUUCCUGCUCAAACAUGUCAGACGCAACAAACUCGGGUUUGUCAGCGUCAAGUUGCUCACUUCAUUCAAAAAGGUGAAACACUUGACUCGAGACUGGAGAACAACUGCUUAUGCUCUGAAACACUCAAAGAUACUUGAGCUGAACGAUGAGGGGCGUAAGGUGCGGCGUAAAUCCACAGUGCCAGUCUUUGCCAGUGAGUCGUUGCCGAGCCGCAUGCUGCUGUUAAGUGAUUUGCAGAGGUGGCCAGAGCUGGCUGCUCUCACUAAAGAAAAUGGAGGCAGUGAGGGAGGAGCCACUCAGCAGGAGCAGCUGAUGAAGCUGUUGCUCAAAGCAUUCGGAACAUACGGUGCCAUUGCCUCCGUCAGAGUCCUGAAGCCUGGUAAGGAUCUGCCGGCUGACCUGAAGAGGCUGAGUGGUCGCUACACUCAGUUAGGCACUGAGGAAUGUGCCAUUGUGGAGUUUGAGGAGGUGGAGGCCGCUGUGAAAGCCAAUGAGGCUGUGGGGAGCGAGGACGGAGGCUCUCUGGGGUUGAAAGUAGUCCUGAUUGGUACCAAGCCACCCAAGAAGAAGGUACCAAAAGAGCGACCACGUGAGGAGGGAGGGAUGCGCAAAAGUCGCUCACUCAACAGCAGAGUAAGAGAGCUUCAGUACCACGGGGAGGACUCUGCCUGCAGCUCCUCAGACACUGAGAGCACCCCUACAUCCCCUAGGCUGGGCAGAAAAUCCCAGUCCUGCAAUAAGCUCAGCCCCACCACUGCAGGCAUCUGCUUCCAGAACAAUCACCUGAGUCCUGGUAUGUCCCCACGUAACAGUCCCUGGUCGAGCCCCCGUGCCAGCCCCUGUCCUCAGCGGAAAUCUCCUCAUUCCCAUAAGUCUCCCUUAGCCAGUGAGGGCAGACUGAGCCCUGAGCCUGGGCGUCGCUGGGCCGAUUACUCCUCAGACAGUAGCCUCACCCCUUCAGGGAGCCCGUGGGUUCAGCGGCGCAAGCAAGUGGCAUCUCAGGAGAGCAGCCCGGUGGGCAGCCCAAUGCUGGGUAGGAAGAUCCAGAAUGCAGACGGCCUGCCGCCGGGCGUAAUGAGGCUCCCACGUGGUCCCGAUGGAACCCGGGGCUUUCACUGUGUCACUGUUGGUGAGAGGGGAAAGACUGCUGCCACUCAGACUUGAUAUGUGGAGCAUCCUUAUGCAUUCCUUAUCCCCCAGAAAUAAAAUAAUAGAUUUGAAAUAUGAGCUGUUCUCGGCCGUGUCGCUCAGUCCAAACCCCACAUUUGAGACUGUGUAGAUAUAUUUUUGUUGAGUGCAUCAGUUUUCAGUCUUUUGUUAUAUUUUUAUACAAUGUUUUGAGUUACCAUGGUAACAUUAGUGAUAUACUAAUGGAAAUUUUGAGUGAGGUAAAUUGAUAUUGCUUUGAAAUGGAUCAUGUCACCUCCAUCGCUUUCUAAACUUGUUCUACAUGGUGUGGACUGGAGAGGGAAUUCCACUUCUUUUUCUUUUUUUUUUUUUUUUUUUUUCUUUUUUGUAAUUGAAAAGUGUCCUCUGUCUUGUGUGUAAAAGCUCACAUUGUCUGUGGAUGAUGUAUAAAUGUGUAAGUGGUAGAGGCAUGUGGACUUGAUAGAUAUAUCACCAUAUGCCUUUUCUGUAUUUGUCUACUGUGAGAUCCAUUUCUACACGCUCUUUAACCAGAGGCCAUAAAUGCUCCACUGCCAUACAGGUUGGACAGUUAAACUUGGAUAUAAUUUUUUUGUUUUGCUUUGUUUUUAUUAUGCCUUUUUUAAUUUUCUGUGUUUUCAGUACACUUGGUUGGGAGGGUUCUCUUUAAGCCCUGUAACUGUUAAUUUGUUCAGAAGGUAGCUGCUUUAUUUAUUUUUUAGGAUUAUUUUUAGUUCUCUUCUUGACAUAUCUGUUUCCAUCAGUCAGUCUAAACUCACAGUGAGGUUUGAGGGAUCAGGUCUGGCAGAGUAAAUGCAUCUAAGCUGGGGUAUUUGUACGGUGCAGAUUCCAGUUGUACAAAUAAACCAUUAAAAUUGCAAUUUGCUUGACUUCUUUUGUUUGUGACACAUUUUGAGGUGGUCAAGGUGGUCAUGAUGACAUGAAACAAUCUUAUUUAUUAGUUCAAUAUGUGAGCAAGACUUAAGUGCGAUACUGUUGCUGUGCCAAGACUUUGGAAGCUUUCCGGACUUGGAAACCAGAAUUGGCACACAUAUUUUUUUCUUUUUAUUUAUUUGUUUUUGUUAGUUUUUUUUUUUUUAAAUGGAUUGCACAGAUGGGAGGAUGAUGGGAAAGUUGGAAUACAAGCUGUAUAAACCCUCCAUGGAAAUAAAUUGACAUUUUCUACCAAAUGA